AUGGAGACAAAAAUUACGGACAUAAUUACGUCUUUGGAUGACGAUAAAACAGAUAUGUUGGCUGCAACCAGUGUCCUUCAGCAAAGGGCCGCAGACAUCAGAAAUCAGCACGUUAAUUGGCAAUCGUAUUUCCAGUCUCAGAUGAUUUCACAGGAGGAUUACAACUUUAUCGUUGCCUUCGACGUUGCCGACCACAACAAAAGGGAAGCCCUGUUAAACGCGGACCGUCUGCAAUGCGCCCAAACCUUCUUGAACCUGUUGGGGCACGUUUCCAAAGAUCAGACAUUGCAAUACGUGCUCGUGUUGCUCGACGAUAUGCUGCAGGAGCACCGCAGCCGAGUGGAGAUGUUCCGCGAGUACGCCGAACGCAAGCGGGAGCCCCUUUGGCCCCCGUUCCUCAACCUGCUCAACAGACAGGACGGUUUCGUCACCAACAUGACCUCGAAGAUCGUGGCUAAAAUAGCGUGCUGGUCGCAGACGCCCAUGGAACGUUCCGAUUUGCACUUCUACCUCACCUGGCUGAAGGACCAAUUGAGAACGCAGAACAACGAGUACAUCCAGUCGGUGGCGAGAUGUUUGCAGAUGAUGUUGCGCAUCGACGAGUACCGCUUCGCGUUCGUCUCCGUCGACGGCAUCUCCACGUUGCUGUCGGUGCUGUCGGGCCGCGUCAACUUCCAGGUGCAGUACCAAUUGGUGUUCUGCCUGUGGGCGCUCACCUUCAAUCCGUUGCUCGCCGAGAAGAUGAACAAGUUCAACGUCAUACCGAUCCUGGCCGACAUCUUGAGCGAUUCGGUGAAGGAGAAGGUGACCAGGAUCAUAUUGGCCGUGUUCAGGAACCUGAUCGAGAAGCCGGAGGACGGGCAGGUGUGCAAGGAACAUUGCAUCGCUAUGGUGCAGUGUAAGGUGCUCAAACAGCUGGCUAUAUUGGAGCAGCGUAAAUUCGACGAUGAAGAUGUCACCGCCGACGUGGAGUUCCUCACCGAGAAGCUGCAAAGCUCUGUGCAAGAUUUGAGCUCGUUCGAUGAAUACUCGACUGAGGUAAAAUCCGGUCGUUUGGAAUGGUCGCCGGUGCACAAAAGCAAAUUUUGGCGGGAAAACGCGCAGCGCCUCAACGAGAAGAACUACGAAUUGUUGCGCAUCCUCAUCCAUCUGUUGGAGACCAGCAAGGACCCCUUGGUGUUGAGCGUGGCCAGCUUCGAUAUCGGCGAGUACGUCAGGCACUAUCCCAGAGGCAAGCACAUUAUCGAGCAAUUGGGCGGCAAGCAACUGGUGAUGCAGCUGUUGGCCCACGAGGACCCGAACGUGCGAUACGAGGCGCUGCUGGCGGUGCAGAAAUUGAUGGUGCACAAUUGGGAGUACCUGGGCAGGCAGCUGGAGAAGGAGACGGGCGUGGAGAAGGCGCCGGGCAAAGGUGGUGUGCAGCAGGUGGCGGGAAAGGCCUAA